CACGCACGAGUCGGCCGUAAGACUUCGGCACCUCCUUCGCCGCCUUCCUCAAACGAGCCUCGCACUCCGUGAGGUACACAUCUCACUCUCGCUCGCUCGAAUACUCGCUUGUGCACACACGCACGCACUCGCACACGACCGAGACACUCUUGGAGCCGCAAAGCAUAACCAAGCAACGAUAAAGACCUCCAGAAGGACCUGCCAAAGCAAAGAUGAAGUUGACGCUGAUAGUCUGUGCCCUACUGCUGGCCGUCGCGGCUGUGAGUUGCAGCCCGAUCGAGAAGAGGGAAGCCGCGGCUGACGACCUCAGUCCUCUCAACGAAGUUUAUGUCUUUCAGAACGACGAUGAGGAGAGGAGCGACAGAGACAAGAGGAAAAUUGGAAUCGUGAAGCUCGGCGUCUCCAAUGGAAUCAUCAACUUCGUUUUCGGGAAGCUGGACGCUUUUCUGGACGCCAAGACAAAGGCGCUGGCGGUGCUGGACGAGGGUAACAAGGCCAAAAACGCGGCUUUCGAGAUCGACAACACCAAGUCGGCGACCAGCGAGUUCAUCAACAAGUUCAUCGCUCAGAAGAUAAAGGCGACCACGGGUAGCGUAGGACCUCUGUUCAACGCCGGAACGACCUUCCUCUCCAGUGCCAAGCAGGGCAUCGCCGGCGCCUUCGUCUCGAAAUUCGCACCCCUUAGCUCGCUCGCCGGUGGUUUGGCUGGUGGUCUCUCCGGUGCUUCCGGCGGCGGUGACGACGGCUCGAACGGCGGCGGCAGCAACAGCGGCAGCUUCCUAACCGGAAUCCUCGGCAGCCUGAGCGGCGGCGGUGGUCUUGGCAGCCUUAGCGGUGGCCUCAGCGGCGGCAACAACGACGUCGACGACCACGUGGACGUGGACUUCCCGAGUGCGAACGCCGACGCUACCGCCAGCGCGGGCUUCGCCAACCUCGGCGGAGGGGUAGGAAAAAAGAAAACGAAAAUUCGCACAACAACGGAGGAUAUUCCCGAAUUCGACAGAAAUAAGGUGUCGCUGGAUAUUCCACCGCAAGUUUUUGGUGGAGGAUUUACUAUAAUCACAAAUAUUAGUAAAGUCAUUAGCAGUUUGAUCAUGAAUUCAGCAAAAAGAACGCAGAGUAUAUUGGAAGUCUUCAAACCUCUUUUCCGUGGCAAGUUUGCCAUCAAAGGUCUUCCGUCUGACAACCCCAACUAACAUUCAGGACAUCGAAGAUUGACAAAAUCGAUAAGCAUGCGCUACACAACAUCGAAACGAAUCGCCAAUCGCAAAACGCCGAGGGCAGCAACACAAAUGAACGUCUUAGUCCAGUUUCUCUGCGUUGGUCAAUUUACAGCUAGAUACGAUUGAAUUUCUGAUAAUAGCCUUCUGUCCUGCGGCGUUUUUCGUGCGAAAGUUUCACUUUCAAAAUGAAUCGAUUGAAGCAAAAUUAAAUUGGUUUGAAGGGCUUUGGUAGAUUUUUACAGAAAUUUAUUGUAUAAAUAACUCUGUCGUGUAUUUAAUUCAUAAAUUAAGUCUAGGAUACGCGCACUUUUCAAACCUAAGAAUAUAUUUAUUAAGUAGAUUAUUAAAAUUAAUAAUUAAUUCAAUUUUCGGAUUUCAAUUCAAUUUUGGUUUGCAACCUUGCAUCAUUAUAUGGAUACAAUUUAUUCUAUUUAUCUCAUGCGUAAUUGUAAGAACGAAUGGAUUCGAGCAGAUUUUGCAAUUGAAUACUUUUGUUAUUCGUAAGCUGAUUACUGCAUGCAAUCGAAAAAAAAGUUAAAAUAUCAAAGAUAAUAAUUUUAUAGUAUAAUGGAAAUAAGUGCGGUUUGCGCAAGGUAAAUAAUUCCAAACCUUUUUUUGCACUUUUUGAUGAAGCACAAGGAUUUUAAAUAACUCUACAUUACACUUGCGUUCAUUAUAAUUUUAUUUUGUUAUUUCUGAGUUAUAGUAGAGUAACUUCAUGGUCUAUUAUUAUAAAAAAGACGAUAAUUUUAUAGUAAUAAUUAAUAUAUUUUUUUAUUUGAAUUAUGACAUUCAAAUUGUGCGCCUCACUAUGACUGUGCCAAAAUAGGAUAUACUUGCCAUGUUUUAGUUCUCAAGUAAAUUGAUUGAGAACAAUUGCAUACAUAUAAAUAGAACAAAAAUGUAAGUGGUGCUGGUAAUCAUUUACUGGUGUUGGUCACAAAGCACGAAACGUCUUGUUGAGCUUCGAAAUUAUAAGAUAAAAGAUUUCGAUGUCACGCGCAUCUAUUGUUUGAGUAAUAGUGUUGUAAAGUUUUAAGAAUAUUUGAAUUCACAAUACCAAAACAUUUUUGUUAUAGAUAUCGUAAGCAUAAUAUAGGCUAAUGUAUUUAACGAUAUUUGUGACUUGUUGUUUGUAUACGCUUACUCUGUUUGUUCAUGUUUUAUAUUAAUUUCUAUAUAAUUUUGUAUAAAAAGAUUGUAAUAAUAAUUUCGAAUAUCUCGUAAAAUAAAAGAGCAUCUUGGUAUAAC